AAGGUGGCGGUUUUUCCUGAGGAGGGUGUUUGUUCUGCUCUCCGUCCCCCUCCCCGCAGGGAAGGCUGAGGGCGCUGCGGGCGCUGAAGUCCGUGGUGAGGUCCCCGCCCCGGAGCCCCUCACAGCGUUGGUGUUCAAGAAGGUCCAGCCCCUGGCAGAGGAGCUUGAACCCCACAGUUGGUGUACUCGAGCUGAGGAUAAAGGAGGAACUUAAACUACGAGUUCUUCUAACUGUGGGUGUGAGGUGAGCUGAUUAGCAGGCUGUGCGGACGCCAUUGACAGCACAUUCUGUGACUCCUCAGUUGUCACCUGAGAAAAUACUCCAGGACCAGCAUCAGUAACCAGGACCAAAUGGGUGCUUCUCAGGGACUAUUGACCUUCAGGGAUGUGGCCAUAGAUAUCUCUGAGGAGGAGUGGGAAUGCCUGGACCCAGCUCAGCGGAACUUGUACCUGGAUGUGAUGUUGGAGAACUACAGCAACCUGGCCUCCGUGGCUAUGUCAUCUGAAGAUGACCUGGCCUUUUUGCCAAAACCCGGACUACAAGAUGUAUUCUCUGAAAUAAUACUGAGUACAUAUACUGAAGACAGAAGUUAUGAAUGGAACGCAUAUUGGAAAAACUUUAAGCAAGAGUCAUAUCAUAAUAAUCAUUGGAGAAGUGAGCUUGCAGAGGAUCAUUAUGAAAGUGGAAAACUCUUUGACCAAAUGUCCAAUCACAGUAUACAUCAAAUUAUUCCUAUUGUGGAGAUUACACUCGAAGGAAGUAAAUGUGUCAAAUCUUUUCAGGAAUCUUCAAGUUGCACCAAACAAGAGGGUAUUCAUGCUGGGCAGGAGGCUUACAAAGGGAAUGCCUGUGGUAGAAUCACCAGUCAGAUAUUCAAUCCAAAUAAACUGAAAGAAAUCCAUAGUGGAGAAGAACCUUAUAAAUAUAAAGAUUCUAGUAAAACAUCUGAUUGGCUUUCAGGUUGUACUCUAAAUCAGAAAUUUCAUACUGUUGAGAAGACUUACACAUGUAAAGCAUGUGGCAAAGCCUUCAAUCACGCCUCACACUUUAAUCGUCACCAACUUGUUCAUACUGGAGAGAAGCCUUAUAAAUGUACAGAAUGUGGCAAAUGCUUUCCGACGUCCUCACAGCUUACUAUACACCAGAGAGUUCACACUGGAGAGAAGCCUUAUAAAUGUAGGCAAUGUGGCAAAUCCUUUGGGUGCUCCUCAGGCCUUGCUAAGCAUCAGAGAGUUCACACUGGAGAGAAGCCUCAUAUAUGUAGAGAAUGUGGGAGAGCAUUUAGUGAGUCCUCAGGCCUUAAGCGACAUCAGAGCGUUCAUACUGGACAUAAGCCUUAUAAAUGUAGAGAAUGUGACAAAGCGUUUAGCCACUCUUCAUCCCUUACUUCUCAUCAGAGAGUUCAUACUAGAGAGUGGCCUUAUAAAUGUAGAGAAUGUGGGAGGGCGUUUAGUGAGUCCUCAGGCCUUAAGCGACAUCAGAGAGUUCAUACUGGAGAGAAGCCUUAUAAAUGUAGAGAAUGUGACAAAGUGUUUUGCCACUCUUCAUCCCUUACUUCUCAUCAGAGAGUUCAUACUGAAGAGUGGCCUUAUAAAUGUAGAGAAUGUGGAAAAGUUUUAAGUAAGUCCUCAAGCCUUACUGAACAUCAGAGAGUUCACACUGGAGAGAAGCCUUAUAAAUGUAAUGAAUGUGGCAAAGCCUUUACUCAGUCCUCAGGCUUUAAUAAACACCGGAGAGUUCAUAUGGGAGAGAAACCUUAUAAAUGUAAUGAAUGUGGCAAAGCCUUUUGGCAUUACUCUGGCUUUACAAACCAUCAUAGAAUUCAUACUGGAGAGAAGCCUUAUAAAUGUAAUGAUUGCGGCAAAGACUUCAGGGAGUUGAGAAAGCUUACUUGCCAUAAAAAAAUUCAUACUCAUGCCCUAGGCAAUUUGGCUCAGUGGAUAGAAUAUCAAACUGCAAGAACGCUCCUCUUUGAUGCAGGCUGUGGGGACGCCUUUGAAGGCACAUUCUGUGACGCCUCAGCAUAUUGUCACCUGAGACAACAUCCCAGACCCCAUCAGGACCAGGACCACAUGGCUGCUCCUCAGGGACCGUUGUCCUUCGGGGAUGUGGCCGUUGAUUUCUCUCAGGAGGAGUGGGAAUGCCUGGACCCAGCUCAGCGGAACUUGUACCUGGAUGUGAUGUUGGAGAACUGCAGCAACCUGGUCUCCCUGGGUAUGUCAUCUGAAGAUGACCAGGCCUUUAUUCCAAAGCCCGGAAUACAAGAUUUAUUCUCUGAAAUAAUACUGAGUACGUAUAAUGGAGAGAGCAGUUAUCAAUGGAUUGAACAUUGGAAAAACUUUAAGCAAGAGUCAUUUCUUAAUCAUCAGUGGAGAAGGGAGCUUGCAGAUGACCAUUAUAAAAGUGGACAAGUCAUUGACCAAAUAUUCAAUCACAAUACACGUCAGGUUAUUCUUAUUGUGGAGACGACACACAAAGGAAGUCAAUGUGUCCAGUCUUUUCAGCAGUCUUCAAAUUACACAAAACAAGAGAAUAUUCAUUCUGGGGAGGAGGCUGACAAAUGGAUUCCUUGUGGUAGACUCUCUAGUCAAAUAUUCAGUCUAAAUAAAAUGACAAAAAUCCAUAAUGGAGAAAAACCUUAUCAAUGUAAAGUUUUUGGUAAAACAUCUAAUUGGCCUUCAGGUUGUACUCUAAAGCAGGAAAUUCAUAUUGGAGAGAAGCCUUACAAAUGUAAAGCAUGUGGCAAAACCUUUAAAUGCCAUUCAUCUCUUAUUGUACAUGAGGGAAGAAUUCAUACUAUUGCAAAAUUUUACAAACUUGGAGAAAAUAAAACAGGCUUUAAUCAGUCCUCAAGACAUACUCAGCAUCAUAGAAAUCAUAUGGGAGAAAAGUCUUACAAAUGUUCAGAAUGUAACAAAGCCUUUAGCCGGUGCUCAACCCUUAGUAUUCAUCUGAGAAUUCACACUGGAGAGAAACCUUAUGACUGUAGAGAUUGUGGCAAAUCCUAUGGCAGCUCCUCAGACCUUACUAAGCAUCAGAGAGUUCAUACUGGAGAGAAGCCUUUUAAAUGUAGAGAAUGUGGCAAAGCCUUUAGAUGGUCCUCACACCUUAAUACGCAUCAGAGAAUUCAUACUGGAGAGAAGCCUUUUAAAUGUAGAGAAUGUGGCAAAGCCUUUAGAUGGUCCUCACACCUUACUAGGCAUCAGAGAGUUCAUACUGGAGAGAAGCCUUAUAAAUGUAGAGAAUGUGGUAAAGACUUUAGAUGGUCCUCAGAACUUACCCCACAUAAAAGAGUUCAUACUGGAGAGAAGCCGUAUAAAUGUGGAGAAUGUGGCAAAGCCUUUACAAGGUCCUCACACCUUACUACGCAUCAGAGAGUUCAUACUGGAGAGAAGCCUUAUAAAUGUGGAGAAUGUGGCAAAGCCUAUAGAUGGUACUCACACCUUACUACACAUCAGAGUGUUCAUACUGGAGAGAAGCCUAAUAAAUGUAGGGAAUGUGGAAAAGCCUUUAUAUGGUCCUCAGAACUUACUCUGCAUAAGAGAAUUCAUACUGGAGAGAAGCCUUUUAAAUGUAGAGUAUGUGGCAAAGCCUUUAGAAGAUCCUCAGAACGUACUAAGCAUCAGAGAGUUCAUACUGGAGAGAAGCCUUAUAAAUGUGGAGAAUGUGGCAAAGCCUAUAGAUGGUCCUCACACCUCACUACCCAUCAGAGAGUUCAUACUAGAGAGAAGCCUUAUAAAUGUAGAGAAUGUGGCAAAACCUUCAGUGUAGAAUCAUUCCUAAAUUAUCAUAAGAGAGUUUACACUGGAGAGAAGCCUUAUACAUGUAGAGAAUGUGGCAAAGCCUUUACACAUUUCUCACACUUAUCGAGAAUUUACACAGGUGAGAAGCCUCAUAAAUGUCGAGAAUGUGGCAAAUCCAUUGGCAGAUGUUCAAAAUUUACUGCAUAGCAGAGAGAUAUUGGAGAGGAGCCUUUUAAAUGUAGGAAGUGUGACAAAACUUUUAUCUGCUGUUCUUGCCGUAAUAGCAUAGAUUUCAUAGUUGGGAGAAGUCUUAGAGAUGUGCGGAGUUUCGUAAGUUCUUGACCAGCAGAGAGAAUUUACUGAACAUCACAGAAUUCUCUCUGCAAAAAAGCCUAAUGAAUGUGAAAAAUGUAAAAAAAGCAUUGAUGGAUGUGGAGAGAGCAGAGUGCCUAAAGAAUGGAUCCUUUGCAAUAAACACAUUCAACAGCAACUUGGGCUUACUCCUCACGGGGGGGCAGGAUACCAUGACCUUCCUGUGAUAUUACGCCCUAUAAAAAAAAAAAAAAACAUUGAAAAGUCAUUCAGGUAUUAUUGUAUUCGAGAGACUUCCUAACAGACAGAACUUACAAAUGUAGAGAAUAGGCUGGAGCCUUUAUCCACAGCUCAAAAUUUACUGAACAUCAGAGAUUUUAUACUGUAGGAAACUACACUGUGGAAAAUGUGAGAAAACAAUGGCUGGCAUGCCUUGGUGAUUUACCUUUGACCACCAACCACAACUUCAGGGUGCAAUUCCUGGUCAGGGCACAGGCCCUGGUUGUGGACUCAAUCUCCAAUGUGGGGCAGGCAGGAGCUAGCUGAUCCAUGGUUCACUCUUAUCAUUGAUCUUUAUAUCACACACUCUCCUUUCCUGUCUGACAUCAAUAAAAACAUAAUUUGAAAGAAACAAAAAUAGUGAGGAAACCUUUCGUCAGUGUGUUUUCCUUCCUGUACAUCAGAGAGUUUAUACUGGAGAGAAACCUUGCAAAUGUAACAAGUGAGA